AUGACCCUAGUGGACCGAGGCAAUAUCACAGAAGAUCUAUGUCGGAUUUGUGAUGGUACUAUUGAAUGUGCACCUACAGCAUUACUUCUAGUGACUUUAAUACAUUCUCUAUUCGGCUACAUGGGAGAUGAACCAGAUUAUUUUGGAAAAAAUAAAGCAUCUAUACCCAGAAACCGAGCUGAUAAGGGAGAAAGAUAUGGAAGUGUUGAUGAUGAAAAGGUUAUAGUGGUAGAUGAUACAGAAUAUGAUUUUAUUGUUGUGGGCGGUGGUACAGCAGGCUGUGUUGUUGCCAGUAGACUAUCAGAGAACAAAAAUUGGAAGGUUCUACUUAUUGAAGCCGGACCAGUGGAACCAAAGCUGGCUGCAAUUCCCAGUUUAUCAAGUCAAUUCAGAGGCUCUGUAUUGGACUGGAAAUAUUCCAUGAGACCUAAGAAGAGGUUUUGUCAAAAUCGUGGCCACAAAGGCUGCGAGAUAGUUCAAGGCAGAGUACUUGGAGGGACAUCAACUAUCAACGACAUGGUCUACACAAGAGGUAGUCCUGCUGAUUAUGACGAAUGGGCUCUAGACGGCAACGAAGGUUGGAGUUUUGCCCAAGUCCUUCCAUACUUUAAAAAGUCUGAGAGAAACUACGAUAGGGACAUAAGUGAAGAUACAGUUCAUCAUUCAACACAAGGAGCAUUAGAUGUUGGCCGCUAUAUUUAUGUAGAUAGAAACGUAGACGUAUUACUUAGCGCACUAGGUGAAUUAGGAUAUAAGUAUACUGACGUUAAUGGUAGACACCAAUUAGGCUUCACAAGGAUACAGACAAUGUCGUACCUGGGAGAGCGUGUAAGUACAAAUAAAGCCUUCAUAGAUCCUGUUAAGAAUUCUAGGCCAAACCUUAAAGUUGUGAAUAAUGCAAUUGUAACGAGAAUACUGUUUCAAAGUAUAAAUAAUUAUGUAGUAGCUGUGGGGGUUGAAUGUUUAAAAAAUGGUACGCAUUUUCUAAUAAGAUCGACCAAAGAAGUAAUUGUAAGUGCUGGUGCAAUAAAUACUCCUAAAGUAUUGAUGCAAUCUGGCAUUGGUCCCAGGGAGUAUCUAGAAUAUUUAAAUAUUGAAGUUAUUAGCGACCUACCAGUUGGCAGUAACUUUCAUGAUCAUUUAUCGGUAUGUUUACCAAUUAUAAAAUUGGCGAAAACAUCAACAAUGAAAAAUUUCGAACAAAAACUAAAAGAUAUCAUCAAAUACUAUGUAAAUGGCACUGGACCACUUUCGGCAAAUUUUCAGGUAGUUGCCUUUUAUGAAACAAUAUUAUCUGAUAUUACUGGGGCUCCUGAUAUAGAGUUUAGAUUUCGUGGCCACGAUUCUAAUAUGUUUUACGAUAAAAUGGAUAUUUGUAUCUCUUUAUUGACACCAAAUAGUAGAGGGCAAAUUAUACUAAAUGCUACUGAUCCAAUCUCGGGAACACCUUUAAUAUAUCCUAAUUUUCUUAAUCAUUAUUCUGACAAUAAAAAACUGUUAGAGGGUAUUCAAGAAAUUGUAAAAAUAUUUGAUACAGAAGUUUUUAAGAUGGCUGGAUUUGAUUUCGACUCAUCAUUACUUCUGAGUAAUGAGUGUAGUAACCACAAUAGCGUCACAGAAGCAUUUUGGAUGUGUAUAAUACGACAAUUUUCAGCUCCUCUACAUAAUUAUGUAGGGACAUGUAAAAUGGGUGCAGAGAAAGAUCCUGAAGCUGUAGUAGACAAUACUUUAUUAGUGUAUGGAAUUUCAAAUUUAAGAGUAGUUGACGCAUCAAUAAUUCCAAAAAUACCUAGAGGGUCCACUGCCGCUUCUGUUGUUAUGAUAGCAGAAAAAGCCAGUGAUGAAAUAAAAAAU